CUCGCAUAUCAGCGUGCAAACUUCACGGUCUAACCAGGGUCCUCCCACUGCGGCGGCGCAAACUUCUGGCUUUCUGCACAUGUCAUAAGCGGCAAGAAGUGAACCGGUGGCCCGAGACAGAUCUUCAAACAGUCGACUCCGUUAAAGACCAACUGUCCCGUUAUGCCUCUCCGGGUGGUGGUGCGUGGUCCUGGGCCGUGGGGAUUCAGGCUGGUCGGGGGAAAGGACUUCGAGCAGCCGCUGACUAUAUCCCGGGUCACCCCCGGGAGCAAAGCGGCUCAGGCCAACCUGUGUAUCGGAGACAUGAUCUUGGCCAUCGACGGAGAGCCGACGGAGAACAUGACUCACUUGGAGGCGCAGAACAAGAUCAAGGGGUGCAUAGAGGAGAUGGUGCUCUCCGUCGACAGGUCAGAAAGUAAAAUGUGGUCACCGCUUUCAUCUGAGGAAGGGAAGAGUCAUCCGUACAAGAUGAAUCUUGCAUCGGAACCAAAGGAGGUGAGGCACAUCGGCUCCACCCACAACAGGAGUGCUCUGCCCUUCGCUGGGUUCGGCCCCACAGUGGUCACCAACCAGUACAACAGCCCCUCCGGCCUCUACUCCUCCGAGAACAUCAAGGACUUCAACUCGGCCGUGGACGAAGUCAAAACCAUCGCCGCCGCUAACGAGCCCAACAACAAAGCUCCAUCAGAUCCAUCGCAGGCGGGCAAGCGGCCGCCUGUCGCAGCGGAUUCUGAGGUUUACAAGAUGCUUCAGGAGAACCAGGAGUCCGAUGAGCCCCCGCGCCAGUCGGCUUCAUUCAAGGUGCUUCAGGAGAUCCUUGAGACAGGUGACCCGGAUAAACCGUCGGGCUUCAGGAGUGUGAAAGCACCCUCCUUGAAGAUGGGCUCAUCGGUGGGGAACAUGGACAAGUUGCCCUCCUGUGACAAAUGUGGAUCCGGGAUUGUGGGGAUGGUGGUAAAGCUGAGGGACAAGUUCCGCCACCCCGAGUGCUACACCUGCACGGACUGCGACGUCAACCUCAAACAGAAGGGCCAUUUCUUUGUGGAGGACCAGAUUUAUUGCGAGAAGCACGCACGCGAGAGAGUGACGCCCCCAGAGGGCUACGACGUGGUCACCGUCUUCCCCAAGUAGAGCUUCUCGCUGAGCCGCUGCCUCGGACUGCACGCCACUAUAGGACGCCGGGACAUAAUCCAAGACAUUCCAACAUUUAGCUCUUGCUCCGCCUAAGACUCUUAACAAAAGGUCUUCUCUCAUUAUGCUUCAGUACAGUCACUGGUAGGCAGGACGGUGAAGAACUACAUCUUUGGAACAUGUUGAUUUGCACAUUGACUUUUGCUUCUGCGAAAGGAAAGUUGAUUGAUGCCAUGAAAUGAUGGCAUUUAUUUGAUCUCUCCCUUUAAACUUAAAAAAAAAAAAAAAAAACAGCCACUGUGUUUAAUGUUUGUCUUUUGUACAUGUAUCAGUAUGUUUGUUUGAAUCAUGGAAACAAAGGAAAGCCACACUUGUUCACCCCGAGAGACGUGUUUUCUACAGUUUUAUUAAAUAAAUAAACCUACUUUUAUGCAGCAAAAAUACAUUUGAAUAUCAUUACCAAAAUAAAUAUGUUUACCUUUAAA